GUGAACUUUGAGGAAUUUAAGGAAUGUUUUGUGGCUAUGUUGUCAUCAAACAUCAGUGAUGACUCCUCUGAUGAAGAAGGCAGUUCCUUGGAACCAGCUGUCUCACAGGCUGUUCUACCAAAGUAUGUGAAAGGCUCCAAAUGGUAUGGUCGUCGGACUCAACCUGAGCUGUAUGUGUUGAAGACAGAGGCCAGACACUUAUGGGACCUGCAAGCACAGGCCAGCCUGAGUGACCAGCUCCCCUGCACCACCUCUCUGCAAAGUGUGGAGGGUUUCAAGUCAGAUGAAGAGGCUGACAGUGCCAAAGAGCCUCAGAAUGGAUUAUUUGAAGCACAAGGCUAUCUGCGAGCCUGGUGCCCUGAGGCUUUUGGGAAUCUUCAGGAGCUCAGCAGCCCCUUCUUUGGCACACCCAAGAGCCAAGCCCAGGUUAUCUGGGAAGAGCUUGGUGUUGGCAGUAGUGGCUACCUCAGUGUGCAAGACCUGGCACUGGUCUGCCAGAGCAUUGGGAUGCAAGGGCUUGAUAAAGAGGAACUGGAGGACCUGUUUAAUAAACUUGAUCAAGAUGGAGAUGGCAGAGUGAGUCUUAAGGAAUUCCAGCUUGGCCUCUUCAGUCAUGGGCCUACUUCAUUUGCAGAAUCUUCCACUCCCAUCCACUCAAACAGUCCCUGGUCUCAUUUCCAGGCCAUGGAGGAGAGCAGCUGCCAGACCACUACAUCCUCGUCCCUUGUGUCCAUCUGCUUAGGCCUGCGCCUCUUUUCCAGCAUCGACGAUGGCACUGGAUUUGCAUCUCCCAAACAGGUCAUCGCUGUGUGGGCCCAGGAGGGGAUUCAGAAUGGCAAGGACAUCUUGCAGAGUCUCGAUUUCAGUGUGGAUGAGAAGGUGAACCUUCUGGAGCUGACCUGGGCUUUUGACAACGAGCUCAUGAUGGUCACUGGUGUCAUUCAGCAAGCAGCCCUAGCCUCCUACCGUCAGGAGCUGAGCUACCUCCAAGGGCAAAUGGAGCAGGUGGUAAAGGAGCGAGACAAGGCAAAAAAGGACCUGGAGAAGGCUGAGAAGAGGAACUUGGAGUUUGUGACAGAGAUGGAUGACUGCCAUGCUGCCAUGGAGCAGCUUGCUGAGCACAAGAUCAAACACCUAGAGCAGAGAUACCAUGGACAGCUUGUCUUACUUCGCUCAGAGAUGGAGAGGGAACGAGAACUGCUCUGGCAGCAGACCAGCAGGCAGAGGGCUAGACUGGAGGAAGAUCUUGCAACCCUGCACAGGAAGAGGGCCUGUCUGCAGGAGAAGCUGGCACUGGCCCUAAAGGAAAAUAGUCGGUUACAGAAGGAGAUUUUUGAAGUUGUGGAAAAGCACUCAGAAUCAAAGAAACUUGUCCUGAAACUGCAGAAUGACCUUGAGUUUGUGCGGAAGGACAAGCUGGAGCCACAGAGCAUCGAGCUCCUCUCUCAGGAAGAACGGUUCUUGGAAAUCCUGAAGGAAUAUGAAUUCAAGUGCAGGGACCUGCAGGACCACAACGAUGAGCUUCAGGCUGCACUGGAAGGCCUGCAGCUGCACAAGACCCAGCAUGGCCGGCUCAGUACCUGUCCAGAUGGAUGGCUUCCAUCGGCAGAUGGUCCAGAAGUGAGCCUAGAAACAGAGAUGAGGAUGGAACAGGUGAAGAAACAUUACCAAGACCUCAAUAUUCAACUGGAAACCAAGGUAAAUUACUAUGAGCAGGAAAUCGACCUAAUGAAAAGGAACUUUGAGAAGGAGAGAAGUGAAAUGCAUCAGGUAUUCAAGCAUGAGAUCAGUGUGUUGGAGGGCCAGAGAGCUGACCUGGAGGCACUCUACACACAGUCACAGGAGGCCAUCCACAGCCUGCAGGAGCAGCUGCAGGAGCUGGGGGAUGGGGAACCAAUCCUGACCAGGGAGCUUCCAGCACCAGUUCAGCAACAGGAAGAGGAGUUGUGCCUGAGGUACCAGCAGGAACUACAGCAAGUAAGGAAGGAGGCAGAGGCUGAGCUGAGCCAGAAGCUCUUGUGAAUGGAAGCGAAGCAGGCAGUCCUCCACAAGCAGUUGUCACAGCAACAUCAGCAUGAGAAGGAAGAGAUGCUGCAGAGGCACCUGCUGCAAGUGAGAGAGGUGGCAGCACAGAUGGAUUCAGAGAAGAGAUGGAGGGAUGAAAAGGAGAAGGAGAUCCUGGCCCAGUGCAGGAAGCCGCAACUCAAAAUAGAGCUGAUGAGUGAAAAGCAAGCUCAGAUGUAUAAACCAUUUGCUCUCAAGAAGGAGAAGUUGUUAGAACUUGCUCAUAAGAAGCAAGUAGAAAGGCUUGCCCAGGAGGCAGAGAUGCUGAGGGCCCUCUUGAAGAAGGAAGCUGUAGCAGCAGAUCAUGAGGGGGAAAGGCAGCUGCCACCAGGCCUGCUGGGGACCACAGAAAUCUGGAAGGAGGUGGGACCAGCAGGAGCUAGCAACCCAGAGAGUCAGAACCAGCUGUCAUCUGAGCAGUGGCAGCCCAAAGCCCAGGAGCAACUCUGGUUAGAAGUGGAUGGAAACAACCUACAAGGGGAGCCAGUUUUCAGGAGGAGCCUGAGUGCCCUGGAGGGUGAGCACAGGAUGGGGACUGCCAAGGCAAGAUGGCAAGAAUGGGAAGGGGCUAUACAGAGACAGGAGGCAAAAAUGGCACUGGAAAGAGAGAAGAAUGAAGUGAAAACCAGACUCCUAUGGCUAGAUGAUAUAGUUCAGGCUCUGGGGAAGGAAGCCAACUCAAAGAGAGAACAAAUCGAAUUACAGAGGCUUUCUGAAGAAAACACCUUGUUGACAAAUGAGCUGGAAAGGAUUCAGCAAGACCUUGAAGCUGCAAAAAGGACAAAUGAUACACAGAGGAAAGAAAUUGAAGUUUUGAAGAAGGAGAAAAACCAGGCCUACUUUAAAAUGGAAACGCUCAACAAACAGAGUCAGAAAUACAAGGAUCAGCUGUCCCAGCUCAAACACAGGAUCAUUCAGCUGGGUGGGGAGGCCUCUGCCCACCAGGCCCAAAACAAGAAGAACCAAGUCACCAUUCAGCUGUUAACACACAGGCUAGAGGUGGCAGGUCACCAGAAGGAAGAGCAGGAAGAACAUGAAAAACAGCUUAAGGCCAUAGAAGAGUGGGUGAAGGAGGUGGAAAUGAUAUUGAAGAAUACAGAAAUGCUCCUACAAGAAAAAGUAGAUGAGCUGAAGGACCAGCUUGAAAAGAACACAAAGUCCAAUUUGCUGCUCAAGGAGCUUUAUGUGGAGAAUGCACACCUAAUGAAAGCCCUACAGAUGACUGAACAGAAGCAAAGAGGGACUGAAAAAAAUAACCUCAUCUUGGAAGAAAAAAUCAGAGCUCUCAACAAAUUAAUCAGUAAGAUUGUUCCAGCAUCUCUCUCUGUGUAA